GUAGUCAAACCGAAGCAUUCAAGAGCUCAUAGGAUUCCGUGCUAUCUAUUAUCAAAGUUCAAGCGGUUAGGAUUUUCUACUUUUAGACAGAGAGAAUCGCCCUUAAAGGCAAGACUUGGAGCUUCUACUUGCUCUGGCUUUGUCUUUAGGUAACUGCGUGAAACAUGAUUUGUCUCCAUCUUUCUUCUCUGUGUUGCUGAAAUAUUUAGUGAACAUAUUGAGAGUUAACAAAGCCCUGUGAUUGUUGUACUACACUGCAGACAUCCAAAUGCUGCUAAGAGAAACCAUCCACAAAACUCUUGAAAACUUCAAGCAUUUAUUCUUCAAAGGGUUUCAAAAGCUGCAGAAACCCACUUCCUUCCUCCUCUUUCCAUGCAGCAAAGGAAACCCACAGCCACAGCAUACCCAUCCAACAGAGAGAAUCUACAUUGAUUUUUAUGAUGAGUGGCAGUCCACACUGCAUAAAGCAGCAAAGAGAAGCAUUGACAGAGGCAGUGUGAGAACAUCCAAGGAAAACAAGAAGGAACAAGAAGAACAAGGCCUUCCAAGGAUCAGACAAGAGAAGGCUGUGACAGAGAAGAAGAAACAAGGAAAUACCCAUUUCAGAAAAGGUGAUGUUAAAAGCUGUAGUAGGAGAAGUGACGGACUAGUACAAAAAAUGAAGGAAUUGGAGAUGUUGGAUAGAGGAGAUAUGGAACAAGAGUUGGAUCUUGAAGAAGCAAUUCAUUAUUACUCUCGAUUAAGAAGUCCUGUUUAUCUUGAAAUUGUGGACAGGUUUUUCAUGGACAUACACUCUGAAUUCUCUGUUCCUGAGGCUUCUGCUAAGAGUAUGAACAGCUCAAAGAGGAGGUUAUAGAUAUUCAUAUCAGUGAGCUAUAUCUUUUUACUAUGUUUCCUUCCUUUCUUUUUGGAAAUUUGGUUUGAUUGUUUUUCUAUAUUUUGAUUCACCUAUGGUGAGAAUGUCUUUUGUGUGGUUAUACUGAUUCAUUGCCUGUUUUUGUUCAGCUCUGUAAAAAGUUCUCAAUAAAAGUUUGAACUUUGUUACUGC